AUGUUUAAUGUCUUCUUUAAAAGCAAAACUUCUGAAGCUUUAGAAUCGACAGAAAAUAAUGAUAAAGGAAAUGAGGAGAACAAAAAUGACAUAAAUAAUGAAAGGAGAGUUUCAAAAAUAUCAAAUGAAUAUCCUGGGGAGAAUGAAAAAGAUAAUUUGGAUGGUGAUUCGAAUGCUAUAAUAGAAAGUAUUAAUGAAGUUAUGAAUGCGGAGGAUGCAUCUAGUGUAUCCGAAAGGAGGGACAGACAUAAAAGUAAACACAGAAAUAGAAGUAUAACAAGAAGCAGGAGUAGAAGCCGACACAGAAGCGGGAGUAGAGACCGACACAGAAGCAGGAGUAGAAGCCGACACAGAAGCAGGAGUAGAGACCGGCGCAGAAGUAGAAGUCGACACAGACGUAGACAUAGAAAAGGGAGAAGUCCAAGUAGGAGUAGAAGUAGAGAGAGGAAUAAGCAUAGGAGUGGAAGGAAUAGAAGCAGAAGUUUAGAAAAACAUCGACAUAGAAGACGAGAUAGUCAUAGGCAUAGACAUGAUGAUAGACGUAGAAGUAGAAGCAGAGAUAAAUAUAGACAUGAUGAUAGACAUAGAAGUAGAAGAAGAUUAUCUUAUGAUAAAUAUGAAAAAAGGAAAUUAAGAAGUUAUAGUACUGAUUCUAUGGAAGAUAAAAAAAACGAUAAGAUAUCUUUAAAUAAUAUACAGACAUAUGAUAAUAAUGAUAGUAAUAUAAAAAAAAAUAAUACAUAUGUAGAGGAGGAUGACCAAUAUAAAAAUGAAGAAGAUUCAAAUGAUAGAAGGGAUGAAUGUGUUGAUAAAAAUUCAAAAGAAAAAGAUCAUGAUAACAAAAAUAAAAAUCAAAAUCAAGAUAAAAAUCAAAGUCAAGAUAAAUAUCAAAAUGAAGAAAAGAAUAAUGAUAUAUUGAAUGACAAUAUUUUAAAUGAAGAAUUAUCAGAGGGUGAAAUGAUAAAAAGAAUUAUGGGAAUAAGCGAAUUUUCAACGACUUAUAAUAAAUGUCAUAAAAGUACUGAUAUAUCAGGAAUAAAUAAAAGAACCAAAAGAAAAUAUAGACAAUAUAUGAAUAGAAGAGGAGGAUUUAAUAGACCAUUAUCACCAACAUUUUAA